AUGGCGCGAACACAAGUAUCCGGCACAGCGCGUCGAGGAGGACGGCCAAGCAUGGGCGGAAAACGAGCACCGGGCAGUAGACUGAGUGGUGGACGGAAUAGUCUGGGAGGGAAAGCGCCUAGACGAAGCGGUGCAUCAACAGCAGUCAGUCCAGGACGCAAGAAGCCGCGAUAUAAACCAGGCACAGUCGCACUACGGGAAAUCAGGAAAUAUCAGAGGAGUACUGAGUUGCUCAUGGCCAAGCUGCCCUUCUCGCGACUGGUCCGAGAGAUAUCGUUAAACAUGGCACCCGUGAGCUCGGAAGUCACCCGGUGGCAGUCGCAGGCGAUACAAGCACUACAAGAAGCUGCAGAGGCCUUCCUAAUACACCUUUUCGAGGAUACGAAUCUGUGUGCCAUCCAUGCGAAGCGGGUGACGAUUAUGCAGAAGGAUAUUCAGCUUGCGAGACGGAUACGAGGGGCGUGGGGUGGAUUGGGGUGA